AUGUCGGGCGAACUAACGAACAGCGACUUCCGCCUCAUUUUUGACAACUACGAAAAGGAAAAGAAGGAAAGGGAAAACAACUUGCUGCUGAAGGAGCAGAAGAAGUUGAAGAGAAAGCAGAAAUAUUUAACCAAAAAAAAAAAAAGUGAAGAAAAGGAAGAGCAAAAAUAUAGAGACAGAGCGGAAGAAAGGAGAAAAGGAAUCGUAAAAGAUGUUAAGGAUGCAAGUGUGCUAUAUGACAAUGCGAAUAACACAAUUGAUGAGUCGAAAUUUAUGGGAGGAGAUACGGAACAUACCCAUUUGGUUAAAGGGCUUGACUAUUUACUUUUAAACAAAGUAAGAAACAAAUUAAUUGACAAAAUAAGCUCAGAAAAGGAAAAAUUAAAAGCAAAAAAAACGAGUGAUGGGCGGAUAGCCAACAAAAUACCAACUUUUUCCAACGAAGAAUCGAGGCACAUUUUUAAAUAUUUUUUUCUGUAUGAACAUCCACAUCAUAUACAUUUUAAAAAAAAAAUUGGGAACAUUUAUGACAACAUAAUGAAUAACAUGAAAUUUAAAAAUUACAACAAAAAUAUUUACUCUGUUAAUUAUAAAUACAACAUCAAUAUGGAGGUGGAAAAAAACGACGUGCCUAUCAGGUAUAUAUACAAGGUGGAAGACGUUAAGGUGAAUUAUACUUACCAUUUGAAGGCCCCCGUUUUGGACGAAAUAGGCGUAUGUUUUAAGUGGCACAUGGAAAAUAAGAAGAAAAAAAAAAGUGAAAGAUUGCCCAAGAGACCUCUAACAACUAGCCUUUUUCAGCAGGAACGGAAUUUUGAGCUUGCCGAGGAGGACGACGAUGACAUUGACAUUUUUAAGAACGAUGCGGCUAGCGGUGACGCCAAAGGGGCGAGCAGCGCAGAGGAGGGGAAGAAGAACGACGAGGAUGAUGACGAUGAUGGUAGUGAUGAUGAUGAAGCUGCUGAUGAUGAUAGUGAUGAUGAUGAUGAUGGUGGUGGCAGCUCAAAUGCCAGUGGCGCGCAGACGGAGCAACGCGAAAAAGACGAAAAUGAAGAGACACGACUGGAUAAAGGCGAUGGUAUAAACUUGUUCUAUUCUGGAAAAGUGCCCCAUAAAGGGAAGAGCAAAACUGAAAAUGAGAGUAACAAAAAUAGCCUAACUGGAAACGUUUUUAAGGACACAUAUGAUGAGUGCUAUCCGGGUUAUAGGAAGAGCGGCUUUUUUUAG